CCAAUCACUUCAAUUUCACCAUGACAGUGUGUUGUAAACAAAAUUGAUCUAGAAGUAUCCAGAAUCUUCCAUCAUAGAGUACCAAAAUUGCCUCCAAUUUUCAAGUUCCAAGAUCAGCGGCGCUCAAUUAAGCCUUGAUUUUAUUAAAAGACAAUAGUGAAAAGCAUAUAUCUGUGAAUUGAGGUGGGUUAAUAAGAAAAUUUAUCACGUUUAGCAAAAAUCGAGAUAAACUCAAUUUGUUAUAUCAUAUUACAGUUUUGAAUUGAUCGACUAUCAUAAAAACGAGGACUACGUGAGAAAUUUGUCUGACGAUUUAAGCAACAGUAAACGUUUGGUUUAAAAAGCAACGAUGGCCUCAAAGGAGGAAGAUAAUCUUCCAGAAAACAAAAAGCUAGCUCGCAAAGCAAAAGAUCAAGGAAAUGAGGCGUACAAGAAAAAAGACUUUUCGUUGGCGUUGACUCACUACAACGCUGCCCUUCAGCACGAUCCUACGGAUAUCACAUUCCAUAAUAACAUCGCCGCAGUAUAUUUCGAACAGAAAGAGUUCCAAAAGUGUAUUGCCGAAUGCGAAAAAGCUGUUGAGGUAGGUCGAGAAAACCGGGCGGAUUAUAAAUUGAUAGCAAAGGCUUUCACCCGAAUUGGAAAUUCUUAUCGGAAGCUGGAGGAUCAUAAAUCGGCUAAAACUUAUUUUGAGAAGAGUCUUGCCGAGUACAGAACCCCGGAGGUCAAAGCGUUACUCAGCGACACAGAAAAGAAGAUAAAGGAAAUGGAGAGACUAGCUUAUAUUGAUCCAGCUAAGGCUGAAGAAGAGAAGGAGAAGGGCAACGAUUUCUUUAAGAAAGGAGAUUACAGUACAGCAGUUAAACACUACACAGAAGCAAUCAGUCGCAAUCCGGACGAUGCCAAGUUGUACAGCAACCGAGCAGCAUGUUACACCAAGCUGGCAGCGUUUGAUUUAGGCCUUAAAGACUGCGAAAUGUGCUGUAAAUUAGAUGAAACCUUUAUCAAGGGCUGGAUCCGUAAAGGUAAAAUCCUGCAGGUGAUGCAAAAAUCGUCGGAAGCGCUUACUGCCUAUCAGAAAGCACUGGAAAUUGAUCCCGCUAACGCAGAAGCAUUGGAAGGUUACCGAGCUUGUACGAUGGCCGUGCACGCAGAUCCUAAGGAAGUCUGGAAGAAGGCUAUGCACGAUCCUGAGGUGCAACAAAUUCUAAAAGAUCCAGCCAUGCGAGUAAUCCUCGAGCAGAUGCAGAACGAUCCUAAAGCAGUUCAAGAGCACCUGAAGAAUCCGCAAGUGGCAUCGAAGAUCCAAAAACUGUUAGAAUCGGGUAUCAUUCAAAUCUACUAAAACAAAACUACUGUGAGUGGCGCUCACCGAAAAAGUGUUCAACAAGCAACAGUCAAAGCAUAAAAAACGUUUGGCAAGCUAAUCCAACACGUACGAAGGUAUACAAGAAUAUAAGUUACGUGUAAGCCGUUUCUUCGUUGACUUCUAAAAUUUCCUUCAAAUAUACAAUCUGCAACAAUAUCAAUUACAAGUAAAACUUCUAAUCAUUAUUAUCAAAGGAAAUACGGCGAACAACACAACUUCAGUCGAUACGAAUACGCAGCAGAAUAAAAAUAUAUUUCAAUGAGAAAUGUCUAGACGAAACGAAAUAGUUGCUCUAUCAUCGAGGUGGCCACAGCAGCGCAGUUAAAAAACUAGCCAGUAACCGUUGCAGUAACACUUGAAGCUAGGAUUAUUAACUAAUGAAAUGGGUUUUUUGAAAGUA